AUGUCGGACUCCAGCCCCUUGGACUCCUUCUCAAGCCCCGGGCCCGGGGGCCGCAGGAGGACGUGGGCCGAGCUGCUGGCGGGCAGGGCCAGGAGGCAGAAGCCCGGCGCGGAGCAGGGAGAGCACCUCCGCGCGGCCGCCGUGCGGCUCCUGAGACGCCACCUGAACCUGGGCCCCCUUCUGCUGGAGGGGGGAGGCCCGCCGCCUGCGAAGCUGCGUCCCGGCGCCUGGCCGGACCUGCGGACGGACGGCGGUGACCUCGGCGCGCUCGUCGGCUCUGCUUUGCGGGACCAGGCCUCGCGGCUGGGGGUCCCAGUGGCGGUCCUGUCCAGCCAGACGGUGGCGUCCGGCUUCGUGCAGAUCUGUGAGGCGCCCGCCGAGCCCUCGCGCGCGGUGCUGCUGGGCCCGGAGCAGAGGGAGAAACUGUCUUCCUUGUUAGAGAUCGCUGGGCAUUUAUUGGAACACAGUAUGUUCUCCCGCCUCUCCUUCUGCCGAGAACUCUGGAAAGCGCAGGAUUCUUUGUUGCUGGAAGCUGUGUGGCGUCUUCACGUGCAGAACAUUGUGAGCCUCCAAGAGCUGCUGGAAAGCACCGAGGACACGCAGGUGGUGGUGGCGUGGCUUGUCAGGAACCUGCGCUGCCUGUGUGAGCAGAUGGAGGAGUCCGGUCCGCACGCCGCCGUCGCCAGGGCCAUGCUCUCCGAUUUUGUGCAGAUGUUUGUUUUGAGGGGAUUUCAGAAAGACUCGGGUCCGAGAAGAAAUGCGGAGGCUGAGCGGACGCCCCAGGUGGCCGUGGCCGUGCUGCGGAGGAUGCUGCUGCUGGCACUUGAAGCCUUGGCUGCCGGCGUGCAGGAGGGGUCCUUGGCGCACAAGGCCGCACAGUGCUGGUUCAGUGGGUUCAGCGGACACACGUUUCGCAGCAUAAUUUCGACAGGUUCUCCCAGGAGGUUUUCCAGGCACACGCUGACGCAGGUACUCACACACCAGCCGGUGCUGAAAGUCUCCGAUGCUGUUCACAUGCAGAGGGGGUGGAGCUUCGCAAGGACCCACCCUCUGCUCACUGGCCUGUAUCGCAGGCUCUUCGUGCUCCUGAGUCCCGAGGAGCUGGUGGGCCACUUGCAGGAAGUCCUGGAGGCGCACGAGGUGAACUGGCAGCAUGUGCUGUCCUGCGUGUCCACAGUGGUGGUCUGCCUCCCGGGAGCACGACAGCUGGUGACCGACUGGGUGGCCCGUUUGCUGACCCGUGCGUUCGAGCGCUUUGACCUGGACAGCAUGGUGGUCGUGUCCCUGGUUGUGCGCCAGGCCGCGCUGGAGGGCCCCUCCGUGUUCCCGCCCUACGCAGACUGGUUCCAGGCCUCCUUCGGGAGCAUGAGGGGUCCCCACUGCAGCAGCAAGAAGGCGCUGGUCUUCCUCUUCAAGUUUCUGUCCGACCUCGUGCCCUUCGAGGCCCCCCGGUACCUGCAGGUGCACAUCCUCCACCCGCCCCUGGUUCCCAGCAAGUACCGCUCCCUCCUCACAGACUACAUCUCGCUGGCCAAGACGCGGCUGGCUGACCUGAAGGUUUCUGUGGAAAACAUGGGGCUCUAUGAGGAUUUGUCUUCAGCUGGGGACAUCAUAGAGCCCCAGAGCCAGGCGGCCCAGGACGUGCAGAAAGCCAUCCAAGUAUUUGAACACACAGGGAAAAUUCCUGUUGCUGUCAUGGAGGCCAGCAUAUUCCGGAGGCCCUACUAUGUGUCUCACUUCCUGUCAGCCCUGCUCACACCUCGAGUGCUGCCGAGCACCCCUGACUCCCGAGUGGCCUUCAUCGAGUCCCUGAGGAGAGCAGAUAAAAUACCCCUGUCUCUGUACACCGCCUACUGCCAAGCCUGCGCUGCUGCUGACAAGGAGGAGCCGGCAGAUGCAGCCCUGGGAGUGAAGGUGGACCCCAGCCGUGUGGAAGGCUCCCUGGCACGGCUCACAGCUGCACUCAGAGACCUCAGAGCCGCCAUGGCCGACCCCACCCAGCACGAUGUUCUCUCUGCUCAGGUUGCGGUGGUUUCAGAGCGUCUGCGCGUGGCCCUGGGCCUCAGCGAAGACGACGGCAGCUCCGAGGCGGUGGAGCUCCAGCUCGGUGUCCGCGCUCCCAGGCCGGAGCAGCGGGAACAGCAGGUUGUGGAUCUCCUGCUGACGACGUUUUGUCAGAGCCUAAUGGCAGCCUCCAGCUUGGCCCCACCAGACAGGCAGGGCUCCUGGGCCGCCCGCUUUGUGAUGGCCACGUGUGGACGCGCACUCCUCCCUGCAGUGCUCGCCAGGCUCCGCCAGCUUCUCUGUCACCAGGGCCCGGGCCUGCGCGCUUCACACGUGCUGGGGCUGGCUGCCCUGGCCGUCCACCUCGGCGAGUCCCAGUCUGUGCUCCUGGAGGUUCCUGGGGGCCCUCCCGCCCCCGCCAGGGGCCUCUCCAUCCCCGAGUUCUUCGACAGUCUCCUGACGUGCGCGUCCAAGGAUGCCUUGCUCUUCUGCCUCAAAUUUUGUACUGCAGCAAUUUCUUACUCUCUGUGCAAGUUUUCUUCGCAGCCACGUGACGCUUGGUACAGCCGCUUGUCCCCGGGCCUUAUUAAAAAGUUUCAUUUUGUUGUGCUCAGGUUGUUCUCAGAAGCCCGAGACGCGCUCUCUGCGGAGGACACAGCCCGAGACCCUCUCUCUGAAGAGGACACAGCCAACCUUCCCUGGAGGCCCUUGUGCCUGCCCCCGGCCGACUGGCAGCGAGCCGCCCUCUGUCUGUGGAGACAUAAGGCCUUCCAGGAGCUGCUGAAGGAGGAGGAGUUUCGUUUCACUUACAGAGACUGGGUGUGGCUGGAGCUGGAGGUUCACCCUGAAGCGGAUUCUCUUUCCGAUGCAGAAAGGCGAGACUUCCACCAGUGGGCCAUCCGCGAGCACUUCCUGCCCGCGCCCUCCACCGCGGGGGGCUGUGACGGAGACCUGGAGACCGCGUGCACCGUCCUUGUCAACGGGCUGGUGGACUUCUGCCAAAGUUCAAGGAGUUACGAUCACACAGAGAAUUCCGAUUUGGUUCUGGGCGGCUACACGGGAAACCGGGACCUCCUUUCAAGGCUGCAGGAGAUGGCUGCUGACCUGGAGCAGAGCCCAGCCGAGCCCCACGGCCCCGCUGCCUCCCGGGGACACUUCCUCUUCCGGGUUUUCCACCGACGGCUCCAGGCCCUGGCAGGCGGGUGGGACUUGGCCUCCCUCCUUCAGAGACAGCGGGAGCUGCUCCUGUACAAAUGGGUCCUCCUCAGCCUCCCUUCGUCUGUCAUGGUCGGCAGCCCCCGGGUGGAACUUCCGGCCGCCCCCGACUGCACUGAGUUCUUCCAGUUGGUCAACUCUGAGCUGAGAAACUUCUCCCACGGAGGCGCACUGACGCAUGACAUCACCGUCCACUUCUUCAGGGGGGUCCUCAGCGCCUGCUCACGAAGCAAAGACCCCUCCCUGGCAGUGGAUCUGACCCUGACGGCCUGCCAGACCGAGUGUCCCUUGGCCCUGACCUCCGCCCUGCUGUGGUGGCCACGCUUGGAGCCCGAGCUGCGCAGUCGGUGGCGGCGUUUCCAGAGCCCGUUGCCCCGGGAGCUGCAGAGGCUGCGUGAGGCCUGGCAGUUUGCCAGCAGCUUCCUGUCCCCCGACACCAUGCCCCCUGACACCGUGCCCACCGCUGCCGGCCCAGCCUGGGUGUCCGCUGCUGCGCUGCACUUCGCAAUUCAGCGAGCCGGGAAGGGGAGCCCAAGGCGGGCCCUGGAGAGGCUGCACAGCCCCCAGGAGGAGCUGCUGCGCGUCCUGUUCUUCUUGUCCUUGUUGGGCCUGCUGUCGUCGCGUCUGACCCCACAGGCUGCCGACUCCCUGACGGCUUUGGACGUUUGUGCCGAGACCCUGCGGUGUUUGGAGAAGAGGAAGGUGUCCUGGCUGUCACUCUUUCAGUUGACAGAGACAGAUGCCGGCCUGGGGCACGUCCUCCUCCGCCUGGCCUCGGACCAGCUCAUCAGGUUGCUGCCCGUCGCCUUCUACAGCCUCCUCUCCUACUUCGAUGAAGACACGCUCAUUCAGGACACCGCCUUCCUGCAUGUUGCUGUAGACAUGUAUCUCAAGUUGCUCCGCCUCUUCGUAACCGGGGAGACGGGUUCACUCUCCACUCCAGCCAGGGACCAGGAGGUCCGGGACCAGGGUGAUGCUGUCAGCCUGGUAACAAGAGCUCGGCUUUUUCUGCUGCAGUCAGUGCCUCGGUGUCCCACACAGAGCUUCUCACACAUGGCUGAGCUCCUGGCCUCUCAUGGAGGCUGCGACCCGGAACUGAGUGCCGCCCUCCUGAGCAGGCAGCAGGCCGCACCUGGCACCGGCCCCUCCCAGGAGCUCCACCUCUUCUGA